AUGAGCACCAAAAACCCCUAUGCUCAAUUCAUGCACAACGACUAUUUCACCCAUCAUUUUUAUCACAAGAAAAAAGUCGAAGAGCCAGUAAUAAACGAAAUUGUUGACGUUUAUGGACCAAUUCUGAAACCAGCUGGAGUGAUAAUAGGAAAAGUUGGAUUUGUCUUCUUUUUCAAUGUAAUCCAGCAAUUGUUCUUCGGAAUUUUUGCUUUAUUUUCAAUGUUUAUCUUUCCAUUUUAUUAUCGAGUUUUCCAAAAGAAUAGAGGAAAUGAUAAAAAUUUGCCAAUAUUUCCAAUCCUCUCUCAUUUUUAUCGCAUCGUCUGCUUCCAAUUAUUCUGCUGGUUUAACGGUUUCGUUGUCACACAAACUCUAAUGUUUUUCCAAAUUCCAUGUGAAUCGCUGGCUCAAAUUCUGGUACUAUUACCUGGAUAUGUGGCUCCAGUAUUCAAUAUUCUGAUUACUGUACUUGCUCUUCAAAGAUUUCUAAUUUACUUUUUUCCGGAAUCUGAAAAUUAUGUGAAUUUCAAAAAAAGGACCUGGAAUUUUAUAAUUCUGAUUCUGUAUGCUUUAAUUUUAGCUUUGAAUGUCGGAUUUGGCUAUGCUAAAUAUAAUUUGAAUCAGGAGAAUUUUAAGAUGUAUGAGAUUUUUAUGCCUAACAACACCAGCGAAAGUAUUGAUGCGUUUGAUACAAUCAUUAUGGUGAGAUUCCGAAAUUUGGAAAAUUCUGAAAUUCAAAAAUCAGCUUCCAGAAAUUCUACAUCUACCUAG